GCAACACUUGGCUCCAGGGGAGCGCAGCGGCGGCGCUGCAGCUUGCAGUAGCGGUUAAUGCUUGAGCUGGGGAGUCGAUGGGAAGGCCAAAUCACAGGGAAGAUGCUAAAUACGUAGUACAGCUCACUGGCUGAUUUUUCCUUGGGCCUCGUUGGGCAGGGUUGGUGCUGGCCAGCGAUUAAAAGUGUCAGCAGGCAAUUGGACAACUCGCGAAGCUCUCACUGAAUGUAUGCUGGCCUGUACCCAAAUAACACCCGAUAUAUGCACUCUAGACCUGUCGUCUGCUCUCCUGGCGCGUCUGUGGCUUUUUUCUGGCUUCUUUCUGGCUUCUUUCUGGCUUCUGUCGAGCUUUCUCAUCGCCUCGUUCUUUCAGCGGGUGAUAUCAGUCAUGUGACCGACCUUAUCGCAACAACUAGGCAGCAGCUACAACGACUUUAUAAACGAACGACUUCAUCUGACACCUUUAUUCUUCUCUUAAGUUUGGAGUUAACACCCCAAUUUCCCUUGGUUUAUUGAUUGGGUAGCUUGUGUUGCACUGCGUUGGUGAUUUUCGCAGUCCGUCAGCAAUGUCUCAGGAUAGUAUCCUUCGUAUUCCUCGAAGUGAUAGUUCUGGCGACUAUGCUUUGAUCAAGGUAUCAAAGUCUGGAGCUUCUGACUUGGACUUGCAGCUUGUUGGGACCGAGGGAGAGACCCCAUAUGUUGGAUCCCUGACCUCGAGUGGAAUCAAGAAACUACGAGCGAAAAACUACCGGGGUGAUGACGAUGAGUGGGUUGCAAUACUCUCCUAUUCCUUUGAUCGGAUACGAGAAUCCAGUGCAAACGCAGAAUGGAUCUCCGGGCUAGAAGUCCUGGCGGCAGUACAAGGCGAUGGCGAUGAAGAAAACAAGGAACUACAUAUCACCUUGAGAAAACGGAUUGAUUCAAUCACGCAAAAACUAGGAACUGUUGUCUUGAAACAGGACGAUGAGCAAGCAAUUGAACUGUAUGGAUGGACCGGAAUGGCCAUAUCCAAGGCGAAGGCAUUAGAACAACAAGUUUCUAACCUGCAAUUAAAAUAUCGUGAAGCAGAAGACACAAUCAAUAAGUUGAAAGCUCAGUUGGAAGAUUUCAUUGAAACCAAGAACCGACACGACGAACAGUUAAUCGGGAAGUUUGUUUGUCUUCUAAAUGAGAAAAAAUCCAAGAUUAGAAGCCAACAGCAUCUAUUGAUAAAAGCCAAAAAGGAUCCAGACACAGCACAAGAAGUGGCAACAACGGAAGCACCACAGAAAGCAACCGGUAAACCGGCCACGAGUAGACUAUCCAAGCGAAAAGCAGACGAACCUCCGCCCGAAGAAUCGGAAAGCGAUGACGGUUUUGAUGCAAUGGAUAUAGACAAGAAAGAUGUUACUGCUACCUUAGACGAGGGCAGUACCACAGAUGAAAGACAGGACACACCACAACCUCUCGAGGAUGAGACAGCAUCGGAAAUAGAUGAUGAGGCACCCCCUCGUCCUCCCACCUCAAAGAAGGGAGGAAGGGCGCAAACAAUUUCCAGGACGACGAAAGCUGCUGUCACUCAGGAUGUUAAGCGGCCACGGAACGCGCCUGAACUGUCCGCAAAACCUGAAAUCUCAGAGCCGCCCCCUCCGCGAGAAUUACCGUUCAGUAAGAAAAGAGCUGCUGAAAAACCAGUUAUUGAAAGCAAUGAAGGUGAUGCAACCGAUUCAGGGGACGAUGAACUCUAA